AUGGCGACUUUGAGCGACGAAGAACAGGAGCUGAUUCAAAGAGAUCGCGAAGCCAACCCAGGCUGCUUCUACUCAACUGCGCUCUCGCAGUCCUGCAGAUCUAUAAAUGGCGACAACAAAUGCGAGAUCAUAAAAAAAAUAUUUCGUCAAUGCCCCAACGCUCGCAAAGAGCUCAUCUCGAAUCGCAAAGAAAUUACUGAGGACGAGUACGGCGGAGAGAGCACAGCCGAUGACUUUUACAAUAGAGAACGGAUGGACGCUCGUAGAGGCAGCGAACAGGAAUUUGGCUCAUUUUUCCAGCAAAGAGGGGAUGACGUUGAUACGCAGUUGAGUCCGUUCGACUUCUUAAGGCAAGAAAUGCUGCGCCCAUUUGAAGACUUUUUUAGCGGUGCCUGGUUGGGACGAGACAAUUUGAACCCGUUUGAAGGUCUAGAGAGAGAAUUUGAACGAAUGCCUGUGCAUCCACCGCCGCAUUUACCGCGCCAAACACCGCCAGAACCGCCGCAUUAUUCGUUUCAACCUUCGCGUGGCAAAGGGCCUUUUGAUGCCAGCGCCGAAGCACGGGCAAAGGAAAAGAGUGACUUGUUUGCGGACUAUUCAGGCCGCAUUGAAGAAAUUUAG